AUGAACACCAUCGUCUUCAACAAGCUCAGCGGCGCCGUGCUUUUUGAGGACCGCGGGGCUCCGGAGCGGGAGCGGGGCGGCAGGCCCUACGGCGGCGUCCUGGACAGUACGCACGCUCGCCCCGAGGUGGGCAUUACGGACGGCGCGUCCCUCAAGGACAACCUGGGCCUGAGACACCGGAGGACCGGGGCCCGGCAGAAUGGCGGGAAGGUGAGGCACAAGCGGCAGGCCUUGCAGGACAUGGCGCGGCCCCUCAAGCAGUGGCUGUACAAGCACCGCGACAAUCCGUACCCCACCAAGACGGAGAAGAUUCUCUUGGCGCUCGGCUCGCAGAUGACGCUAGUGCAGGUGUCAAAUUGGUUUGCUAAUGCAAGACGUCGGCUUAAGAAUACUGUUCGACAGCCAGAUUUAAGCUGGGCCUUACGAAUAAAGUUGUACAAUAAGUAUGUUCAAGGAAACGCUGAGCGGCUGAGUGUAAGCAGUGAUGACUCAUGUUCUGAAGAUGGAGAAAAUCCUCCACGAAACCACAUGAAUGAAGAAGGCUAUAAUAAUCCAGUUCACCACCCUGUGAUUAAAAGUGAGAGCUCAGUCAUAAAAGCGGGAGUGAGGCCAGAGUCACGGGCCAAUGAGGACUACGUAUCGCCCCCCAAGUACAAGAGCAGCUUGUUGAAUCGUUACCUUAACGACUCUUUGAGACACGUCAUGGUCACAAAUGCUGCCAUGAUGGGAAAGGCAAGGCAGAGAAACCAUUCAGGAUCUUUUAGUUCCAAUGAAUUUGAGGAGGAAUUGGUGUCUCCCUCGUCGUCAGAAACCGAAGGCAAUUUCGUCUAUCGCACAGACACUCUGGAAAAUAGAUCCAAUAAGGGUGACAGUGCAGCUAAUAGAAAGGGACCGAGCAAGGACGACACGUACUGGAAGGAGAUCAAUGCAGCCAUGGCCUUAACAAAUCUCGCACAGGGAAAAGAGAAGCUGCAGGGGACCACCAGCUGCAUCAUCCAGAAGUCGUCCCAUAUUGCAGAAGUGAAGACAGUCAAAGUGCCCCUGGUUCAGCAGUUUUAAGAGUUUGUCACUUUUCAGAUCAGUGGCUGUUCUUCGCAUCAGUGUUUUUUCAUAAACCCUCAUCCUAGCAGCUGGAGCAGGAGUGAAAAUGACUCCUUUUCAAACCUCUUCUUAUUUUUAAUCGUCCUAAAUAUAUCACUUAGUUGCUUCUAUAAAAGACGUAUAAAUUAUAAGACCUCACUUUAAUCAAAAAUAUUAACUUAUUUUAUGUUACUCCAAGUAUGCAUAAAAUGUCUGCAUUGCUAUUACAGUAAGUGCCUUGCUUUCCCGAAAAUAAGCUGAAACGUGGGCACAGUAGAGCAGCUGUGCCUCAAAAUGACGACACCACAAUGCUCGUUAGACCGUGUGUGCCAUUGCGGAUGGACCUACCCACGCCAGGACUGAAACCAUAAUUGCUGAAAGCCCUUGAAAUGUAUUCACUAAUUCACAUGCUAAAACUUGGAAAUCUGUUCGGCCCAAAUGAAAUGUUCCUUUAAAAAAAAAAUUCUGAAGUAUUUAAAAUUGUUCAGUGUGCUUUGCAGAGGGACAGUGAGAAUUUUACGCACGUAUCUCGCCUGCAUAUCUGGUUGGUUACAAACUUCCAAAAUAAAAGGUUCGGGGAUCACAUAAUGUGUACAUUCAAGAAACAUGGCAAUGAAUGUGAUCAGAAAAAAAGUUUUUAAGCACUGCUGGAAAACACCACAAUGCUCUUCAGAAUUGAUUUGGAUUUUCUUUUUCUCAAGUUUUGCCGAAGUUUUCAAAAAGUUUAUUAUCUAAAUAACUCGAAAUGUUCCCGUAUAAAACUAAAACUAUAGUUUAGGUUUAAAACAUAAUCCUGUUCGCAUUAGAGUUCAGUGUUUUUUGUAAUGGAAACUGAUUUUCAUAUGGAAUAGCUAAAAACCUCAUAUUUGGUCCAUUUCAAAUUACAGUUGCUGAUGGACAACUUAUAUUGCGUUGAGAACAAGGUAAUAAAAGAAAUGUAUCUCGAUGUGAAUAUAC